UAUCAUUUCAGCUGAGCAGACAAGGCUCGCAGAACCGGUAUCCGGGAUCAGCGUCCAGGCGCUAGAAAUCGGGCGGUUAUUGGCCAGACUAAAUGCACUUGCUGAGGGGUAGACAUCGACUAGCCUGGCGCUUACAAAACUGCCUCAUUAUCUCCGCCCGGACAUUAGGUGUGCUCACUAUUUUCCUCAAGCAUCUCGUACCGUUCGGGACUAUGGGAGGGGAAGCAAUUGUCGGACCGGCCCUUUCAGGCCAGUUCUAUGCUGGAACCGGAAAGCAGUACAACUUUGGCAGUGUAUCGGGAGAGAAGGUCUAUAUGGGUACCGGAGAUGUCCAAAUAUUUUCGACUUUACAUUUCGCAAAAAGUGCUUGCUUCAACUCCCGGGAAAGGGAGCAUGACUCAUUCUGCCUUGAAGGCACCCGCGUGGAUUUGUUGAAGGACAUAGCAGAGUGGAUUGAUGCGGACCAUAACGAGGGCAUUUUCUGGUUGAGUGGAAUGGUAGGCACUGGAAAGACGACGAUUGCUCGCACGGUGGCACGAAAUUAUGAUCAGCAGUCACGGCUGGCUGCGAGCUUUUUCUUUACAGAUGCAAAUGGAGAUGCCAGUAGUGCAGACUCCUUCGCAUCAACAGUUGCUUGUCAGCUGGCCAACUUCGAUACAAGCAUGAAAAAUGCUAUUCAGGAUGUGUUGGAACGAUGUCCUCUGUUACCCUAUCAAGGGUUGUCGGAACAGUGGACACGGCUUGUGAAGGAGCCACUGAUGGCAUUCACCCAGAAGCACGAUAAGAAUUCGAUGCUUAUUGUGGUUGAUGGCUUGGAUUUGUGCCCGGAUAAAAAUGAUCAACGCUUGACUCUUCGUCUGCUAUCUGGCAUUACUCGGGCGUGCGAAAACAAGGUGCUUGUCUUUCUGGCGAGUAGACCAGAAUCCGCCAUUCGGUCGCAGCUUUCCGAAAUUCAGCAUAGAAGGUUGAAACUACAGAAUAUUGAGGAAAAGGUUGUUAACUCAGAUAUAAGCAUCUUCUUGGACCACGAAAUUGGCAAGCUCGUGGCCCCGUUCGAAGCAGAGCUUGCAUGGGACGGAGGAAUCGUGGCGACUCUCGUCUACCUUGCUCACGGUCUCUUCCUCUGGGCGGCCACUGCUUGUCUAUACGUCCGAGGUGCUAAAAACCACCAGAUUAUGAGGAAGAGACUGAGAGACAUAACGCAAAAAGGCCGGGAAAAAGGAAGUCCAACUGAACAGUUAUACCAAAUCUAUACCAGCGUCUUAGAUGGCUCAGUCAACGAAGCAUGGAAUAAGAAAGAGAAGGAAACCUACUGGAAGUCCAUUUCGCGAGUAUUAUGGACUCACGAACAUAUUCUUGGUUGUCUGCCAAAAAGGGCCACCGGAAAACUGAUACGGGUGGACAUUGACUCCAUGCUAGAGGACUUGCAUUCUAUUGUGACGGUUCCAGAGGAUGGUGACACACCUAUAAACUUCCUCCAUACUUCCUUUACCGGGUACUUGGGUCAACUGGGGCACCCAGACCUUCACUUAACACGAAAACAGAGCCAUUGUAUGCUGGCGGAUGCUUGCCUUGACCUCCUGAAUGAAGCAUGUGGGCAAGAUGGUAGCAAUUUACGGAAUCUUGUUCAGCACGGAGGAGAGCCGAAAACGCAGAAUAUUCCCCAAGAGCUGGAGUAUGCGUGCACCCAAUGGGUAGAACAUCUCUAUUUCGGAGGGGAGCCCAUGUCCCGAAACACGAAGGCAUUUGUGUUUCUCGAAACACACGGGAAGAGUUGGAUCCAACUACUUGCCUUGAGCAACAGGUUAGUGACAGUGAACUCAAUGAGAAUUCUGCUUCAUCAGAGAGUUGAGGAUAAUCCAGAAGAGGACAAGCGAUUCAUUCAUGAUUUACUCUCUACUGAAUCUAUAUCCGAGAUAUCUGCGCAGUGUCAACGACAAGGAUAAAUUGAAACACCAUACAUGUAUUGCUUUCAGUACAGUUCUCAUUCUGUUUCCGUUUCAUUGUAUGUGAAUAAUUGAUAUUAUCAGCCGGAAUACAAAGAUCACUACAC